AUGCUCUUUGGGAAAAUCUCGACCGGUAUUCUAUUCGCUUCAUCCCUUCUUGUCUCCCAAGUCUAUGGCGACUUUUGGAAUUUGAGUGGUGACAUUGGAUGCCAUGAUCCCACAAUCAUCAAGGAAGAUAGUACGUGGUUUGCAUUCUGCACUGGCGAUGGUAUCCAAGUCAAGUAUUCUAAUGACAAGACCACUUGGCAGAGUGCUGCUCAAAUCUUCUUGAGUGCUCCAUCAUGGUGGGCAUCCUCAGCUUCUGGUCAUUCAGGCUUGGAUGUAUGGGCUCCUGAUGCCAAGGUCUUCAAUAACAGAGUCUACCUCUACUAUGCCAUCUCCUCUUUUGGUAGCCAAAAUUCGGCAAUUGGUUUGGCAUCGGCUGACUCAAUUAAAGCUGGAUCAUGGCGUGACGACGGCGUGGUGCUGAAGACCACAAGCAGCAACGACUAUAAUGCUAUUGAUCCUGAGUUGGUAAUUGAUAAUGAUGGCAAGCCAUGGUUGGCAUUUGGUUCUUUCUGGAGCGGUCUCAAGAUCACCGAAUUGGAUCCAGCUACCAUGAAGCCGUAUCAAAACGCCAAGAUUUAUUCGAUUGCAGCAAAUCCAAAUGAUUCAAAUGCUAUUGAAGCUGCAUCCAUCGUGUACCACGAUGGCUAUUACUAUCUUUUUGCAUCGAUUGACAAGUGCUGUUCAGGUGUGGAUAGCACUUACAAGAUCGUCGUGAGCCGAAGCAAAUCUAUCACCGGCCCAUACUUGGAUAAGAAUGGUGUUGAUGCUAUGCAAAGUGCUGGUACGAUCUUUGAUGCUGGUAACGACAAGUGGAUUGGUCCUGGUGGCCAAGAUGUGAAUGAUGGUGUUAUCGCACGACAUGCUUAUGAUGCUGAGGAUAAUGGUGCUCCCAAGCUACUCAUCAACGAUCUCAACUGGUCUGGUGGCUGGCCCACGUAUUAA